AUGAAUAAAACCUAAGUCGUUCCUCAACAAGACUAAAACAUUGGUUUGACUUUGAGCUUCAAAAACCUGAGUUACAAAGUAAAUCAAAGUAGAAAUAGUGAAUCAGAAAGUAGAACCAUCCUAAACAAUAUAUCUGGAAUUUGUCCUCCUGGAAAAGUCACAGCUAUUCUAGGAGCUUCAGGAGCAGGAAAAACUUCAUUACUUAAUAUCUUAGCUUAGAGAAUUUCCACAAAAGACAAUGUCCAAAUUACAGGGGAUAUUCUGGCCAAUGGAAACCAUUAUGAUAGUGAGAAAUUUGCUAGGUUUUUUGGCUAUGUAAUGUAAAAUGAUAUCCUCUUCGCCACAUUAACAGUCAAAGAAACCUUAGAGUUUGUUGCUAAUCUUAAAUAUACUAAUGCAAAUGAAAAGCAAUUAAGAGUUAAUUAUGCCCUCAAGACUUUGAAAUUAGAAAAAUGCUAAAAUACUUUAAUUGGAAAUGAGUUGCUAAAAGGGAUUUCUGGAGGAGAGAGGAAGAGAACUUCCAUAGGGGUUGAAUUAGUAAGAGAUCCCCAAUGCAUACUCUUAGAUGAGCCAACAUCUGGACUAGAUUCUUUUACUGCUUUUGUUAUUAUAAAUCUAUUAAAAAAAUUAUCAGUAGUUUCCAAAAGAACCAUCGUUUUCACUAUACAUCAACCAAGUUCAGACAUAUAUUUGUUAUUUGAUCAAAUAUUUGUGCUUGCAAAGGGAAGAUUCGUUUAUUAAGGGUCUAGAGAUAAAAUGAUCGAUUAUUUUUCAUCAAUAGGUUUUGAAUGUCCCAAAAUGGCAAAUCCUUUGGACUAUUUCAUAUCAAUUAUACAGAGUGGUGAUCAUAAAUAAUAAGAACUUCAAAAUAUAUUUAAAGGAUAUGAUAAUUAAAUAUAAUCUUAAAUUGAAGAAUAAUUAUCCAGAAUUCAACCUACAAAAAUUUUAAAUGAAUAAUAUUAAGCUAGUUUUAAAUAAUAAGUUGCUUAGAUCUUAAAGAGAGGUAUCCUAAAUGUAAAAAGAGAUAAAAUAUUGGUAAGAAGCAGAGUUGUAAUGGCAGUGUUUCUUGGAUUAUUAGUUGGAGGUAUCUUUUGGGGUGCUGCAAAUGAACCUGGAUACAAGGGAACUUAAAGUACAACAGGAGGACUAUUCUUUCUCGUUAUGAGUAGUUUUAUGACAGCACUAAACCCUGUGAUAGUUCAAUUUCCAUAAGAAAGAGAUGUGUUUUUAAGAGAAGAAAACUCAAAACUCUAUUCAACAUUUGCUUACUUUGUCGGGAAGAGUUCUAUAGAAAUACCAUUUUUAAUAAUCUUCCCUAUUAUCUAAUAAUUAAUAUGCUAUUGGAUGAUAGACCUAAAUGAUUAAACUGCUAGCAUCGUUAUAAUUAAUAUUCUUGUAUGUAUUUUGUUAGGAUUAAGUGGAAAUAGCAUGGGUUUGAUGGUUGGGUCUAUGUUAUCAGAUGCUCGAAAUGCCUCUGGAAUAAUACCUGUGGUACUGAUGCCUCUCAUUGCCUUCUCUGGGUUUUAUGCUAAUUAGUCAUUAUUUAUGGAUUGGAUAAGCUGGCUACAAUAUUUAAGUCCAAUGAAGUAUGCUUUUGAAGCUCUGAUAUAUAAUGAAUAUGAUACCAGAAGAGAUGAGUUUAUAGGAUAGACGAUAUAGAAUCAAAAUCCAAUUGAUACCUUCUCUUUAGAUUUUGGAUUAUGGAAUAGCAUUUAUGUUCUCAUAGCAUUCCCAAUAUUUUUUAGAAUUCUAUCACUAAUGUUUUUAUACCUGGGAAGGUCAAGAUAGUAAUGA